ACAAUGAACUCAGAAGAUACCUUCAGGAUCAUUUUAUUAGAUUUUGAGAGAAAAACAACAGUGCAGGCAAGCUGAAAAUCCUGGCAGCCGCCCAGAGGUGGGAGACUGAGAACAAAGAAAGUUAUGCUUUGUAUCAGGCAUGGAAAUGAGCAAGUGUGUGAUGUUUUGUUUGUGUUCUGACAAACAAAGCUUGCUUGGAGUCAGAGGGUGGAGCUAACCACUAGUUAGUCAUAGAGGCCUGGAGGUGUGUCCAGAGAGGAGACAGGGUGAUAAGGUGGAGUGGAGAGAAAACAUAAGCCCUUUUGGAUGGAGGAACAGAGGAGGCAGGAAACAACUGUGGCUGCUCCGCUUCUUCUCUGAUGUUUCAGCACUGUUAAUUGGCGUGAUAAUGAUGAUGUUGGACUUCAAGGUCACAGCCUUCGAUGAGGCACCCCUCAGAAAUAGUUACAAGAUCUUGAACACUAUCUGCCAAGGCAGCUUUGGUGAAGUGAAGCUCGCCUGCCACCUCCUCACCCAGACUCAGGUGGCGUUGAAAGUCCUGCCAAGGACCUCCUCCAUUGUCACAUCCGAAAUUGACAUCAUGAAAUCCCUUAGUCAUCCCAAUGUCAUCCAACUUUAUCAGAUAAUCAGCACCACUGUCAACACCUACCUUGUGAUGGAAUAUGCGAGCGGGGGAGGACUGCUGGACAGGAUCCAGGAGGAUGGGCACCUGCAGGAGGAGGAGGCCCGCCGGCUUUUCCAGCAGAUUGGGAGCGCUGUGCAUUACUGUCAUUCAAAAGGUGUGGUGCAUGGGAACCUGAGGCCAGAAAACAUCCUGGUGGAUGGCGAGGGCAACAUCAAACUCAGUGACUUUGGGUUGGGCGUUCAGGUGAGCCCUGGGCAGAAGCUGCAUGGUUUCUUCUGUAGUCUCCCAUUUUGUGCCCCAGAGCUCCUGCAGGGAAAAGACUAUGAUGGACCCGCAGCUGACAUGUGGAGCCUAGGAGUCCUCCUUUACUUUAUGACCACAGGGUGCCUCCCUUUUCAAGCACCUACCAAUCCUGGGAUAAAGCAGAAGAUCUUGUGUGUAAAAUACUAUUGCCCAUCUUAUCUUUCUGCAAACGUGCUAAAUGUAAUCGGCCAGUUACUCACCCUGGACCCCAGUAAGAGGGCCACUAUAGACCGCAUCAUGCACCACCCAUGGCUCACACAAGGUGAGGUGCCUUCUCUUGAGUUUUCCUUGGAGGAGUUCCCCAGUCUCCCAAACCCCAUUAUCAUAAUCAUCAUGGCUGAUUUGGGGUAUGAGCCUAAUGAGGUCCUGGAAUCUUUAAAAGUGCAAACUUUCGAUGAAACAAUGGCUACAUAUCUGAUAUUACAACACAAGAGCUCCCUGGAGGAUAGACAAGGGAACCAGGUGAAGCCUGUGCAGCCAGGAAUUACACCUUGUGCGACCCCUGCAGAUCUCCCCACCCUCCCUCUCCCCCUGGACCAGAGAACCAGCAAGCCUGCCCUUCACACUUUCCCCUACAAAUGUCAGCUUCCUGAUGAUGAGAAACAUUUAAGGAUGGAGGGAGACAAGAGGGCCACCAUGUCUAUUGCUCCCCAGUGUUCUCUGCUGAAAAGGACCAUCUCCUAUUUCAGGGCAGCCUGCCAUCAUGAUGAUGCUAAUGCCCUCUGCACCCACGCCAUGAGUAGCUGUGGUGCUGAGCCUGAGAGUCAUGUGGGCUCUCAGGACACACCUCCAGAAAACAACUCACUUCCUAGGGAGGAACUGUGGACCCUGACCACCAAGGGUGCUCAUACAACAGCGAGCGGCUCAUCCUCUGGGGAUCUGUCAUCAGAACCAGUAUCCUUGUCCAAUGACCAGACUGACAGUGUGAUGAUAGCCUGUACCCGCAGACACUGCCCAGGCUGGAAGAGAGUGAUGAGGAGAGUGGCGAACUGUGCAGCAAAGCUGUGCUGUUGCAUGCCAGUCCAGGUGAAAGGCUGGCUCUCCAGGAACAAAGUGGUUCCAAUCAAAAGGAAGAAUGGCGAAACACCCAAAGCUAGGAGGUGAGGCACUGAGGUGUAUUUGUACAUUGCCCUCAUCUGCACUGUGCUUUUUAACUGACACAAUUGUGUGCCCGAAUGUGGUGUGUAAUUUAACCUUUUGCCACCUCAAGAGUCCACAGGAUUUAUUCACGUAGACCUUGGAGUAUAUGUGGACAUCAGAGGGGAGAAACCGCUGCUGGAGCAGGGGGAGAAGUGUGAUGAAAGGAAAGUUAAGACCUGCCCUGCCCUGCCCUGCCCUGCCCUGCCCUGCCCUGCCCCGUCUGUGCCGGGGAGGAGGUCUGUGCUGGGGAGGAGGUCUGUGCUGGGGAGGUGGUCUUCAGUAAAGAUGAGAGGGCUGUCACCUCCAGAUAAUGACAGGUCAGGCUAGCCCCUGUGUAUCAAGGUGAGUUCACAAAAAUAAUUCAAGCCCCCAGCUACAGCACUGUGGGUUAUAUCUCCAAGACAGCCCCCCCCGUCCUGUCCACAGAGUGGGGUGCACGUGUCAGUCCUUGAAACCAAUGUCACACAAAGCUUGGGAAAGCGUCAUCUGGGCACUGAAGUGCUGUAUCCCCUCUCCUGAUGCUGCUCCCUGACCAUCUAGCUUCCUGCUUCUCUGUUCUUGACCUAUUUGCAACAUGCAGCGGAAGAAGAGGAGAGAUGGAUGGGUUCAUCCUGGUGUGGAGUCUCCCAGCCUCCUCUGGUCCCUCCCGAGCCUCCUCAGGCCUCUCUGCCUCGAUCUGUGUCUUUGUGUCCCAUAGCUGUGUCUGUGUCCCAUAGCCUGCUUCCUCUAGACCUGAGUGGUGUCCUCUCUUCCCACCCUGUGUCCCUGCCAUUGCUCACAGGUCACAGGUAGAUUCCUGUCCUUGAUGUGAUUGCCAUACUAACAGCUCUAGUUGUAGAAUAUCUGCUAAGGUUCUGAAAAAGUAAAGUUGGAAUAAAAAUCAAACAUGGCCUCAGUGAGGCUGUGGUGUUAUCUGCUCUCAGGCUCCUGGGGAAAGUCCAAAGGAAGUAGGCUCUGGAGAGGGUGUGUCAUUUGGGGAAUAAUAUCUGACAUUGGUGACUUAACACUAAGGUGAUCUGCUCUGACAUUCCUUUCUUCAGUCCCCCUUCUGUCCCAUUUUCUCUUCCUGUUUCUGGCCCAGUAUCUUCCCACACAAGGUGUGGAGGUCAUGGAUAUAUUACAUCACUGCCAGGUGAGGCUGGAGAGGGCUGGGGGAUGAGAAGGGCUUCAGACAGGUGGUGAUCUCUGAUGAGCUGGAUCUUCAGGGUCCAUGUUUUACAUUUCAGGGCCUGGUGCUGAGCAGGGACCGAAUUCAUGAUGAUCACAGACUGGGAAAAUGAACUUGUGAACACCCAUCUCCCCAACAAUGUGGAGGGAGCCCGCACAGGCUGAGGCACAGAAACUCAGACACAUGGGGGAAUGGUCUGAGUGUCCCUAGUGAGUGCCUGCAUUGCCUCUCAAUGGCUAUGUGAGUCUCCAUAGCUUGUGGUUGAUUCCUCUAUCUUCUGCUCCUCCUCCUAAGACCGUCUCUGUAUCUGUAAUCGUUACACUCACUCUCCCCUACGUGUGUGUGUGUGUGUGGGAGGGGUGGGGUGCUAUGUGUGACACGGGAUUGAAGCCAGGGCCUGGCCUAUGGGAGGCAUAACUCUACUCUAGGUUAUAUCCCCAGCCCUUGAGGGUUUUUUGUUUGUUUGUUUUUGUUUUGAAACUGUGUUUCACUCUUGCCCAGGCUGCUCUUGAACUCAGGACCUCCUGAUGGUCUGAAUUACUGCUAGGGGCAUGAGGACUGAGAGAUGUCAGGAACUUUAGAAACCUGUGUCUGGUAUAAUCUGUACUUUCCAGGGGUGACCACAUUUUGACAUUGUAAUAGGCUGCAUAAACAUGUGUUGGAAUACAGUCAGAGUUCCUGUGGAGCCUGGGUCACAGGCUAGACACACCUGUUAAGGGUGAUAUUUCAAAUGGUUAUUGGUAAGUGGCAGGAUUAUUAAAGGUAGGUCUACGAGCUGGAAGUAAGUCAACAGGGUAUGACUUGUGUGGGUGUGUUUUGAUCCGGGUCCCUUCCUGUUCCUGGUCUCUGCUUCCUGGCCACCUUAAGAUGAGGCACUUGGAUUACCGUACCGCAAUGUUCUACUUCGUCACAAGCCCAGCCACAAGGGAGCUAGAAUCCUUGACAGAAACCUGAAGUGUGAACCCAGGUGUGACUGUGAGGAGUUUGCAAAGAGGGAUUAUGGAUGGACAUCCAGAGGCAGUGGGGCACCCAGAUGCUCCCUAUGUAACAAGAAGGCUCAGGCAGAGAUAGGGCUCCAGAGUCUGACAGACUGUGAGCUGUCCUUGCUCAACAGUCAUGGGCCCAAGACCACAUCUUUAUACCAGUAAAAGAAGGGGUGGCUGGAGGCCACAGGUCAUAGGCACAUGCCACUUUUUACAGUUGACCGCAGCUUGGCACAGAGUGGAAGCCACAUCAUUCUCCAGGCCAUGAGUGUGGACCAGCACUGAUGCAGAAUCUCAUCAUCGAAAGAGUGGCUUCGUGUUCCAGGGCCUCCCUGACCCUUUCGGCGGCUUCCUGAGGUGAACGGGAUGUGAUAGACAAAGCACACUUCACGGGAUACGAAAGAUAGCGCAGAGAGGUGUGGAAGGACUGCCUACCCAGGGUGUGAACUCAAGUUGGUCUGGUAUCCCAUGGGCCUGCUCCCCGCGCCACACCCCCAGGCCGGACAGUUUCACCUCUCCUGCCUGACGAGAAAUAGCUGCUGCAGGGCACAGCUGUGGAGAUCCGGGAGCUCUUAUCUGCACUGACACAGUGACUGACGGUUUUCCAUCGUAGUACACUCCCACAGUCUUCCCAGACGUCUCACAGCACCUUUGGGUGACGGAGCCCUAAGCACUGUGAGAAAACGGAAGAGCUGACCACGAAUCUGCGGAGAGCCUCGGCAUUGUUAACAAGCAGCAAGGACUAGACCUGUCAGUGUAUAUGUGAGUCCCACCACGUGCUGUUGCUAAGGAAACCGAAGAGGACCUGGAACCAAGCCUCCGGUACCGGAAGGAAGAUGAACUCGGGGAGCCUGUUUCUGAAGCCUGCGAGCUUUCCGUUUGAUACCUAGCUCCACGAUGUGAGGUGCUUGGAAGUUACUUUCCACACAUAUUCAUUUCUAGGCCGUUUCACGUCUCCGGAUCUUAGGCAGAUUGCGGUGAAGCAUCCCAGUGGGCAAAGCCGCAGGAAGGGUCUAAAAAGCAAGCGUGGCGAGUCCGAAGGCGUUACUAAGGGACUAGGGCCAGACUGGGACGCGCCCUGAUGACGUCACUGGCCCGCGCUCCUGAUGGCGCCUUCAUACUGCGCCAUCGCUGCUGCAGCACUCGAAGCUCCACCCAGCUAGACCCGCGGCUCUCUCCACUGCGCACACGCCACACUUGCCGGAAGGGGCGUUACUUCUGACUAGGAACUCUAGUUGGAGAUUUGUAUCCUUUCGCGUGUCUCUGGUUCCCGGAGUUGUGCAUUGGGGCCUCCUGCACAGUCUGAAGGAAGAGACUGAGGGCUGGAAGUCAUUAGAGGCUGGGAGGGCGAUUUUGGAGUGUGGUGGAACAAGACACUACAGAACCCCGCUAGCUGAACGUGACAGGAUUAAUGUCUAGAAUAUACAGAAACUCAUAAAAUGAAUAGCUAGAAGUCAUGCGAUGGGCUACAGAUUUGAGAGUACAGUUUUCAAGAGAUGGGAUUCAAAUGUCCAGUAAACGUAGGGAAAAAGCGUUGACCAGUAACGUACAGAGAUGGAAACCAAGUUGAGAAUUUGUCUCAGCCCAGUCAGUAUAAGCAUGUCAGCUGGACUUGGCCUGUGUUCAAGAAAGAACCCGAGGAUGUGGAAGAUGGCUGGGGCCUGAGAUAUCAAUAACACAUUCUGUUGGUUUUUCUCAUCUUUGAAGCAAGGAACCACAUAACAUAGUAAAUGCCUGAAAAACACUGGAAGAGAUUUUUUCUUUUCUUUUUUUUUUACUUUUUCUUUUAUUUUUAAAUUUAAAUUUAGAUUAGAAACAAGGUUGCUUCACAAGUCAGUUCCAGGUCCCUCUCCGUUUCCCUCCUCUCCUCCUGUGCCCUCCCUUGACCUCCCCCCAAUAUCCCCUCAUUUCCCCAGGGAGGGUGAGACCCUCCUUGGGGGUGUCCAUAGUCUGUCAUUGCUGGAAAAGAUUUUUACCACCAUUUGUAUAAUCUGCCUCACGUUUUCCCAGCCAUGGCUUGGGUGUGUAUGCGUUCCUGGGCCUUCUAUGUGCAUUAAAGAGUGCCAUGUGUUACCCAAA